AUGUCUCUGAAGCGAGCACGGGCCGAGCUACAAGCUGGAGGCUACGGGCUUUCGGAUGAUUGGCUCAGGGAAGAAGAUCAAGGCGAGAUCGAUGCUGCAGCUGCUGAGUUUCGUCGAUUUCUUUUGGGGAAGUACACCGACGGCUCGUUCACCGCCGCCGACACCUGCCUCCUCGCCUACUACCAUACCCAAAGUGGGGGCCGAGGUGCCGAAGACUUCGCUCUGGCUCCAGACCAAGCCUCCACGCAUGGAUCCCAACAUUUGAAGACCUCCAUCCGACACCCGACUCGUGUUGCCUCUGACCUGAUUCGGGAAGAACUCAGAAGCAUGAACCUCCUUGCAUCCUCGAGCCCUUCGACAAAGGCUGUUGCUGAGUUUCUCGCGAGCGAUCAUGAGCUUGGUGACAAGUAUGCAAACCACCCCGUGACACAAGAAGCCUUAAACGAGGGGUUUAGCCACGAGCAGAUUCAACCGAUCUCUGUAUACUUCGAUGGAGUCCAGUACACAAAGAAUGAGAACUUCUUGGGUUAUUGUUUCCUAGUUAUCCUACCGAUCUAUCUUCGGGUGCCAGACUUUCUGAUUUAUGCCAAUGUGGCUGCAGGGGGUGGUGCUCUGUCUGGCCGCUGCUUGAAGCUUUUCGGGCGGAUGUUUCUGCAAAGCAUUCGGAUCUACGCUUGGCUGUCGUUGAUUAUAAGGCAGAUUGGCCAGCCCUCGUGGAAGUGGCUGGGCUACGAACCUGGAGCCACAACGAGCACUGCUGUCCUUGUUGCCGUUGCGACAAAUCGCAGUUUGAUGAGGCUUUCCCUGCACUGGGCCUCCCGAAAGGAAGUCGUUUGGAGCCAGGCCAAUCGCUACCUGAUGUGGGUCUGGAAUCUGACGAUGACGAUGCUUUCCGACAAACACUUGAAAGCCAAAGCCGCCGAAACUCACGGCCUUCUCGCUUUCGUGUGUGAGAUGCUGAUUAAGUAUGAAGGUGUCUUGUCUAGCACCGGCAGCACCGAGGAUCAGUUGUUCUUCCAGUUGCUGAAGCAUGCUGGGAAUGCUGCCAUGGCUUUUGAUGAUGUCAUGGCCCAACAUGGCCGGCAAAUCAGCGAAACAGUUGCUGAGCAGAUGCUGAUGCAUUACAACCGCUUCAUCGUGCUGUGUAAUCGUGCUGGGCUGCCGCUGCUACCGAAAGCUCAUCUCAUGUUCCAUUGCAUCCAGAGAA